UUUGGCAAACCAUUUUACCAGCGUGUCCGGCCCAUCUUUUUACGCUCCACUUGACUCCCCAGUGCACUCGUUGUGAUUCCGUGCGCCCUCUUCCGUGUAUCCUGACGGCGCGCCGUUGCGUUGGUGUUAGUGUGCAGGACUAUUGGGUGAAAGACUUGUAGCGUGUUCCCCAGUUUUUGCACAACAGAAAAGACACGCAGACUGACCACGGGCAUCGUGGAGUGUUGGGUGCGGACUUCCUUCUCCAAUUUCACUUCCUGCUAUAGUUGUGCUGAAUUCCUUCCGUUUGUGCGCCGUUCGUGCCCUACCCAGCCCUAGUGGAAAGCUCUCCAAACCCCCCAAUUUAUCUCCAGAACCCGUGCGGAGUGGAGUUGAUUUAGUUUCCAGUUCCAUCGGGGUGUGUCUGUGAGUGUUCCGGUUGGGUGGGUGUGGAGUAGGCGAACCACGCGCACGCGGUCAUUUGUGUUCGGCCAUCGCCAAGGAGGUAAAUUGCCAGCAUAUCUACUAACCCACGAGCUCAGUACUGCGGUGCAUCGAAACGGCAAGGAUGGAUUUGAAAAACAAAACCGCACUUGUGACCGGUGCCGCCACCGGGUUAGGGAGGGCUUUCAGUGAGGAACUGUUGAAGCAUGGCGCUAGGGUCCUGAUUUGUGAUCUGGAUUCCGAUGCCGGCGAGCUGGCGGUAGAGGAACUCGGGAAGCAGUACGGUUCACGCGUAUUGUUUUUCCACUGUGACGUCACGGACUACAUCCAGUUUGAAGAGGCAUUCGAGUACGCAGACAGCAUGCUCAGAGGAAUCGACAUUGUGAUAAACAACGCAGAGAUCAUGAAUGACAAUUUUUGGGAAUUGGAGGUGGACGUAAACCUGAACGGGGCCAUCCGUGGCACAUUAUUGGCCCAGAAGUUUAUGGGAGCGGGAAGGGCGGGCGACGGUGGUGUGUUGGUGAACAUCGGUUCCGGUGUCAGCCUUAGACCACAGCUGUCCACUCCCAUUUACACGGCCACCAAGCACGCCAUCCUCGGGCUGACCAAGGCCUGCGGUGAUCCGUUUCACUACAAUGAGACGAAGGUGCGAGCAUUCGCGUACUGCCCAGGGCCCAUAGAGCACCCUUCCUCGCACAACAAACGCUUUAUGGUUCCGGCUUUCGAGAAGGCCAAAGAUAUCGAUAUGACAGGGGUGCAGUGGCAAAAGAUGGAACACGUGGCCAAAGAAUUGAUACCGUUGAUCAAAAAUGCACCCUCGGGAACCAUCUGGAGUGUGGCUGGGGGCAAGCCGCCGAAGGAGAUACCGUACUGCAGUUUGUAAGCGUACGCCCGUUAAUUUUCAACUUCAUCUUGAGCAAUCCAUCAUCAGCCAAUCAGCCCGUAAACGGUGGCAUCAAACACCCUUACCAAUAUGAUAACCUUUAAGCAAACGCCCCGCUAAAUAGUUAAGACAAUUAAGACAACAUUUACUAUCAUCGACCAUUAUAUCAGCUUGUAGACAACGCUUCUUCCUCCGUACAUUGGCUUCGCUCGGGCCGCGGGGCAAACAUUCCCUAUUUCGUAGGGAACCUUGUGGCGACAUAUUCUGUGCAAUCAUGACAUCACUCUCACAAAUCGUGCGCUUUUGAUAUUAUCUAACGUUUGAGGCAAAAUCGGUAGCGAUAAGCGGUGCAAGGCCAAUU